AUGCAGUGCACGACGUUGCCCACGCACGAUGAAUAUUCAUAUCGGUGGCUCUUUCUCCGCCGUCUCUCCACCCCUCCCUCUCUCUCUCUCUCUCUCUCUCUCUCUCUCUCUCUCUCUCUCUCUCUCUCUCCUGUACAAAAGACAUUUCUACAGUUGUUCCCACAAACAGUCUGUUUGGUUCCUCAUAGUCUCUGUGUCCUCGCUGCCGCUGACUCAAUGGCAGAAAAGACUCUGAGAGGAAGGGAGGAGAGAAUGGUCGUGGCAGACAAACACGCAGCCAAUGGGAAUCCCACUGUGGAGCCUUUUCCAGAAGGCAUGGAGACCAUCAUGCUUGGUUUGGGCUGUUUCUGGGGAGCUGAGAGACUUUUCUGGCGGCUUCCAGGAGUCUACUCCACCCAGGUGGGCUUCGCCGGCGGCUUUACACCCAACCCCACUUACCACGAGGUCUGCUCAGGUCUGACGGGUCACACUGAGGUGGUUAGGGUGGUCUUCUCGCCUAAAGACGUUGGCCUCGAGGAACUGCUCAAGAGCUUUUGGGAAAGCCAUGAUCCUACACAAGGUAUGAGGCAGCAGAAUGACCGUGGUACUCAGUAUCGUUCAGCCAUCUACACAUCCAACCCCACUCAACAGGAGCUUGCAUUGAAGAGCAAAGAUGCCUUCCAGCAGGAGCUGGAUAAAAAAGGCUACGGCCACAUCACCACAGAGAUCCUGGAGGGGCAGCUGUUUUACUUCGCUGAGGACUAUCACCAGCAGUAUCUGAAGAAGAACCCAAAGGGCUACUGUGGCCUCAAGGGAACCGGAGUCUCUUGUCCCAUUGGAGCCGGGAAGGACGAACUGUGAGGGAUGUGUGGUGAAAACAGAAAAGGAUGAUUUUUAAGGCUGUUAUUUUGGCAUUGAUCAUUCCUAAUCUUUUCUUUUUGAUACAAUAAUGAAUUAUAUUACUCAGGGUAUGUAUUCAUAUUCUCUGACACAAUAACAUAUUAGCCAGAUUGCAAAUACAUUACUAAGCUUCAGCAAUUUUUUAAUCAAAGCUUCAAAAUGUAUAUUUGUCUGUCAGCUAUGGAGAUGAAUAUAGUGUCAGAAUUAGUUUUAUUGGCGAUGUAUGUGUGGGCACAUAAAAGCAAUUUUAUCAGGUCGUUGCCCUCAAUAUACUUAUGAAAUAGAAAAAUAAACAGUCCAUACAAAUAGACAUACAGCUAUAAACAAGGACAAUCAGCUGAACAAAGAGUAAACUAUUAUGUACAUAUAUACAUAAAUAAUACACAUAUAUAAAAAACAAUUAUAUUUCUAAACCAUUAAACAAUAGUCUGAACUAUAAGCUGUAAAGCACCUGUGAAACAUA